UGCAAUAAUAUCAAAAAUAAUAAUAUGGCAAGUGAUUGAGUGCGUACAUACUGUGGUUAUUGCAAUAUUUUCGGUUUUUAAUCGCUCACAUCUAUUUUCUUGUUGAAUUUGUGUAAAUAGAUUUUUUUCUGUUAUCAUUAUACAGUGAUUUUAUUCAUGUAUUCGUUUGAUUGCAAACGAUGGCUGAAAAACCAAACAUCGAGAGUCAUUCUGAAAAGGAUCAAAGUGAUGUCGAUUUUAAUGUAGCAGAUAGUGCUAGUGAAGUUGCAAGUGUAACAGGAAUUAGCAUUAAAAAUGUUAGGCUUAGCACAACAGCAGAGAGGCAAAUUAAAUUUGAAAAAGCACAGAAGUGUUUGGAAAAUGCUGCCCUUGUUUCUAAAAGAAUUAAGGAGCACAGAAAAGCAGCAGCUGAGUUGCUGGGAAAACCAUUUGAUGAUGAUGAAGCAGAUAAUCAGUCAGAGCUGGCAUCAGCCGUGAGUGAGAAGACAAACUAUUCUGUUGCAACAGACAGCUCGGCUACACUCUCCGUUCAAGAUGCUCUAAACAUUCCAGGCAUUAGUGAAAGCUUGGCAAACACCCUGAAGCAGAAAGAGUUGUUAAUGGAAAGAAUAAAACAAUAUAAAGAAAUAAGUAAAAGACCUAUGAAAAUCAAACCUCAUGUAAAAAAGGAAUUGGAGAGUGUAGAACUAAAAAAGAGUUCUGAUAGCAGUGAAUUAUCAAAAGUAAUGAACAUUGUGAAAGAAAAAGAAAAUGCCUUAAGUGUUAUGCAGGUAAAGUUGAAAGCAAUGGAAACAACUAUAUUGGAUUUACAAGAAAAAAUUAACGAAAAGGAUCAGAUUAUAGAAGCAAAAAAUAAAGCAACAGCUAUUAUAUCUGAUAGUAUGACUAAAAAAGAAAAAGAAUCUCUGAGUGUUCUUGAUGACACAAAGCAGCAGAUGGUUAAGAUGCAAAAUAAUUUCAUAAAUAUGGAAAGUGAGUGGGAAAAACAAAAAUCAAAAUUAGAAGCCGAAAUUAAUGAGAAAAAUGACAAGAUUAAAAAUCUUCAGGAAGCUAAUACUAUACUAGAAAAUGCUCGAUUUGAAAUUAGUAUAGCACACUCUAAAUUAGUUGAAGAGCUUGAAUUGAAAAUUGAAAAAAUUAAGCAAUUAGAAGAAAAACUAAGUAGUAUAUCUGAAAUGCAAAGCUUUGGUCAUGUUGAGGAACAUUAUAAAGAAGAAAAAGGUUCCAAAGAGAUUGCUGACAUGGAGGAGUUAACAAAAAAAUUAGAUUUAUUAGAACAACUAAACUAUGAAAUGAGGACAUCCAAUAAAGAAUUACAAAAUCAGAUUUCUAUACUAAGCAAUGACAAUAAAUCUACUGCCGCAUCUACUGUGUCAUCUCCAAGUAAAAAAGGAAGUCCACUUCCUUCUAGAAAAGGUGCAAGGAAUACAGCGUCAAAAUUAAAAUCACCAUGGAGUAGAUUGUCAACUGAAUCACUUAAUCAAGAAACAGAAAAAAAAACAGUCAAAACUGAUAACACUAAAGCUGAAAUGCUUUUGCAGGCUUUAAAUAAGGAUAUUAUUGAAAAAGAAUAUAUAAUUUCUGAAAAGGAUAUCCUUAUAACAGAAUUGAAAGGUCUUAUUGAAAGUAAAGAAGUGAUUAUCAAUGAUCUAAAAUUAGUUAAUUCACAGAAACAGGAAACUAUAAAUAAAAUUGAUGUAGGAGUUUGCACAGAAUUAAUAGAAUUAAAAGAAUCUAUACCAGUAUCUCACUAUGAAAUCGAUAGCACUGAUGUGAAUGAACUCCAUGAAAAAUUAAAGUCAGCCCAUAAUCAAAUAAUAUCACUCAAUGAAGAAAUUGAUACAGCUAAUAGAAAUAUGAUUAAAGUUAAAUCUAAUUCAAAGUUGCAGCUUAAGCAAAUGCAAAAGACAAUAGAAAAUUUUAGCAAAAUUUCUGAUGCAAAUGCUGAAAUAGUCCGCCUGAAUGAGGAAAUACACCAUCUAACUCAAAAGGUGGCAGAAUUGGAGGAAGAAAAAGGAAAUUUACAGUUACAUCUUGUUGAUUAUGAUAGUGGAAGAUUGACUGAUACAGAAAUUUACACAAAAAUGGUGGAAAUGGAAAAUUUAGCAGAAGCUAGAUUAAAAUCCAUAAGCUUGCUGGAAGCACAGAAGUUUGAAUUAGUUCAAGAUCUACAUCAAUUGCAACAGAAAAAUGCUGAAAUGGAAGACAAGUUGGCAGAUAUCACUCAACUUCAAAAUGAACAAGUAUGUUCAGAAAUGAAAUCAGUCCAAUUAGAAGAAGAAAUUGAUCAAUUAAGUGCUUCAAAAUCUGAAUUGGAAUUUGUUGUUCAAAACUUAAAGUUGGAUGUGGAGCGGCAUGUAGAAACUAUCAAGACACUACAAAAUGAAAAAGAAGAAUUAGUACUAAAAUUGGAAAAUUUUAUUCAAGAAAAUAUUGACCUUACUGACAAACUUGAAAAAUUAAGCACUGAAAAAGUUAGUUCAGCUGAGUCAAUCGAAAUAGUAGAGUCUUUGACUACGCAAGAGAGGUUAGAAUUGGAAGAGUACAAUAAAAAUAGUAAGAGUGAAAAAGAGGAAAGGGAAGGAGUGUGUGUACAAUCAAUUUCAUUGGAUACUAAAACACAUACACAAAAACAAAGUGUUGAUGAAGUAGUCCAAGAGAGUGCAGAACUAAGACAAAAAAUUGAUCUUUUCACUCAAGAAAGAGAAGAGGUUAUGGAAAAAAUGAAUAGUCUCUGUAGUGAAAAUGAUGCAUUAAAUAAUUGCAUUGAAGAACUUCGGAAUAAAUGUCUCACCUUACAAACAAAUAUAGAUACUUUAAUUGAAGAAAAAGAGAAGGCUCUUAGUCUCAAUAAUGAAUUAAAGGUCCAUAUAGAAGAGUUGAAGCGGGAGAGAAAUGACAUCAUAAAAGAGCCUAUUGAAGUCCCCAAACAGUUACUAACAGAUGAUGUAGUUGAUGGUUCUCAAAGUGAUGUCCAACAUGAUGACAGAAGUUCGACCGAAAAAGGGGCAAAAGGAUUGAAGUCUAUGAAACAAAUGACAAAGGAAAUACUAAAACUUAAAAAUAUUAUUAAGGAGAGAGAAGAUGAGAUAGCUGAUUGUCAAAUGAAAAUAUUGUCUUUAGAAGAACAACAACAAAAACAAAAUGAACUAGUUCAAACAAAUUUAUUAAAUGAAAAUAAAAUAAAACAUUUGCUGGAAGAAAACAGCAAUCUAAAGAAACAGAAUGAAGCAAUAGUUAGUUCCUAUAAAAAAGAAGAUCAGGUAGAAUACCAAGAAAUUAAUGAAAAAUUAAAAAUGGAACUUCAACAAAUUCAACAAGAAUAUAGUGCUGCACUCAGCACUCAUGAUUCAAAAAUUCAAGAUUUAGAACAACUACUUAAAGAGUAUGAAAAACAAAUUUUCAAUUAUAACAAUACCUUGCAACAGAAAGAUAAAGAAAUUACGGAUUAUAUAAAUCAAAUCACCAAACUAAAUGAUUUAUCUCAUAAAUUGAAGUCAACUAUGGAACUUUUAGAACAAGAAAAAGCAAAUGACCAUAAUGGUGAAGUUGUCAAGUCGCUUAACCAACAAAUAGCUCUAUAUCAAAAUGCAUUGGCCGAUUGUGAAGAAAAAAUAAGAGUAUUUGAAGAAGAAAAAGUUCAAAUAUUAUCACUAAAAACUAAAUUAGAAAAUAGAAAUACUAUUUUAGAAAACGAGUUAGCAAAAUUGACAGAAACUCUUAAUGAAAAACUUAACUUAAUCAAAGAGUUACAGGCCCAGACACAAAAGUAUAAAGAUGAAUAUGAAAAGGUUAGUAAAGAAGCUAAGGACAAAGAUGAAGAAAUUCAUGAAAUUAAAUUACAAUUGCGAAAAGAAUCAAUAGAGAACGAAAAGCUGCGAAUCAGCUUGCAAGAAAAAGAAAACCUUGUUUUAGAAAUCAAUAAGCAAUAUGAGGAAGCCAAAGAAAAGUUAGAAGUAACAUUUAAAGAUAAAGGUGAUUUUUUAGCACUUGAAAAUAAGAAUAAGGAAUUAUUAGAAAAGUUGAAAAAAUUUGCAGCUAAUAUUAAGAAAAGAACAGUAAUGUAUUCUGAUUUAGAAAAACAGUAUAAUAAUUUGCAAAGUCAACUUGAAUUAAAGAAUGAAAAGUAUGAAGAAGCAAUAAUACAAGUCGAAGCAAUUCCAGCAUUGCAGGAAAAAUUAAAAUUUGCAGAUCAGGAACUUAAUCGGCUACAAACUGAAAGAAGCCUGUUGAAUAAUAGUUUGCAUGAUGUGGAGGAACAACUUACUAGUUUACAAAAUAAAUACAUUACCCUAGAGGAUGAAAUAGUAAGUUAUAAAGAAUCAGUGAAAGCACUUAAUGAAGUUAUACUGGUAGCUAAUGAUGAAAAACAGCAGCUCGUUUUUAAUAUAGAGAGUUUAAACAAUAAGCUGGCACAGACUGAGCUUGAGCAAAGAAAUAAUGCAAAUAUUUUAACAAAAAUUUCUUGUUUAGAAAGUGAUUUGGUUGAAAAACAGCAGCAAAUUUCUGAAUUAACAAAACAACUGCAAUGUCAAGAGCAAAACUUCAAUCAGUUACAAUAUAGCCAUGAUGCUAAAGUUCAAGAGAGAGACAUGUAUAUUGAAAACUUGCAAAUAGAAAAUGAAAAGUAUAAGAAUCGCAUUUGUCGUCUUGAAGAGAGUAUAUCUAUUAUGGAAAACAGAAGACAAUCUCUAGAACGGAAAGCUGAUCAAUUAGAUACACUAUUGCAAGAUAAACAAAAAGCAUAUAAUGAAUAUACAACUCAGGAAGACGAGCUAAUUUGUCGAUUGGCAGUUCUCAUGGACCAUGAUAGAGUUGUAGAGAAGCAACUUCAGGAAAUAGAAAAAGAUAAUAAAGAUCUAAUAAUUAAGAUCCAACACCUAAAUGAGGAAUUACAAAAUUUGGGGACUGCAUAUGCAGAAUUACAACAUCAUAGUAAUAACCUGGAAAUGAAAGUAGCAAAAUUAGAUGAUUUAGAAGCUGAAGCGUUAUCUUACCGUGCCUCAUCUGAAAAUCAAGAGACAUGUCUUAAAAAGUUGUCUAUUGAACAUCAAAACCUUUUGUCACUGAAGAAAAAGGAAAUCGACGAUUUGGAAUCUGAAUUCAACACUCAAAUUGAAGAAACUGUUAAAGAAAAAAAAGUUCUUGGAGAGAAAUAUGAAAAACUUUGUGACCAUGUCAGUAAAUUAGAAUUAGAAAACCAAGGCUACAGGUCUGCAAUUGAAGACCUUCAAUUGCAAAUUCAGGAAGUAUCAUUAGAAAAUAAAAACCUUAUUCAAAAUUCUACUUUAACAAGAGAAGCGCUUCCUGAUUACACAGAACAGUAUAUAAGUGAAAUCAAUAGAUUGAAUGCUUUAGUUAAUCAAAAAUCGCUUGAAAUAAAUAAUUAUCAAAAUAAAUUGGAAGAUUUGUUAUCAAAUAAUGAUUCUUUGAAAGCAAACCUGGAAGGCAAAAUAAACGAACUGUCGUCUAAACUUAAUGAGUCCCUACAACGACUUGAAGAAAUGACCAAGGAAUAUGAGUCAACAUCUGUAAAAAAUAUCGAACUUAAUAACUUACUGACCCAAAAAGAAGAUCAAAUAAAACAGUUGAUUGAAAAGAAAAAAGUAAUGUUUGAAAUGAAUAUCCCCAAAACUGAGGGAAUGAUGAUAACCUCUACAAUUGAGGAAUUAGGCGAUGAGCAAAAAAUGCAAGACAUAGAAUACUUACAAUCGCAAAUAGUUUUUGAAACUGAUAAACCUGACAAGCAGUUGGAGCCUGUUCUAAUAAGGGAAACGAGAAAUGUCGAAAAUCAACCUUUACUAACCUCAACAUUGGGAAGCGAAACAUUAAUAGAACCUCUAAUUGUUCCUAAAAAAAGUUAUCUUUGCUAUAAAGGGGACGUUAGUGAAAACAAAGAAAUAGAUCCAUUUAACUCAGAAGAAGGUUGGGGAUUAGACGAACAAGAAGACACAAAAUACUCUGAUAUAACUCCUGGGUUGACACGUUUAAGUCAAGAAAUAGAACAACUAAAGGAGGUUAAUGUUAAUUUAAAGAAAGAGCUUGAAUUAGCUAAUUCUAAAUUGAUGAAAGCCAUCAAAAAGAUAAAAGAACUAAAAUCUUCAAAUGAUAUGUUAUCAAAUGAAUUAAAAAUAUCAAAACAAAUAUCACAUUCAAAUAUUUUAGAUAUGGCGAUUGAGAGUGAGCUAUCAACAAAUCUUCAACAAUUAGAGAAAAAAGUUCAUGAGUUAAAUGACACUCUUAACAGAGAGAAAAAAGAAAAAGAAGCACUUUCAAAACAGAAUGAAGUGCUCAAAAACGGCCAUGAUAGACUAAUUGAAAUGAAAGAAAAAUUAGACAGUGAGUUACAGCUAUGGAAGUAUAAAUUCAAAGAGGCAAAUGAUAAAAUAUCAGAUAUUAAUAUAAGUUCAUUUAAUAAAACUUCUGAUGAAGCAACAAUAUUACAAACAACUAUAAAAACUGACAGUCAAUUGCAAGGCGAUUUUGAAAAAUUGGAAAAGGAAAAUGAUGAACUACAGCUGGCUCUUGAUAGUCUAAAUAGCAAAAACAAAGAACUCUCAGAUCAUGUGGUAAAAUUAGAAAUCCAACUCAAUAAAGUAAAUGCAGACAAAUUUAGUAUUGAAGAAUAUAACUCACUCAGGCAACAGUUCGAAGAGUUACAAAAUAAUAACAGUUAUUUGUCUAAUGAAUUUAGUAAGUUGACCGAUCAAUACAACAUGUUACAAAGUCAGCAUAAAGAUUUGUGUGAAUAUUGUGAAAAUAUAAAAGCAGACUGUAUGUUACAAAACGAUCAAAAUGAAUCGCUUCGUCAAGAAAUAGAGGUCCUUAGAAAUGAAAAAGAAAGCAAUUCCGAUCUUGUAAAAUCACUUCAAUCUGAAAUAGAAAGAUUACAAAUCGAAAUUAUUAAUCAAUCUGAAAAUUCAAAUUCACAACUUAAUGUUUUUAGCGAAAAACUUAGACUCUAUGAAGUUGAAAAUCAGGAACAUAUUCAAAACGAAAACAAACUGACUGAGAAAAAUAAAGAAUUGGAAAUUAAAUUGGAGCAGCUCAAUUUUGACAAUUCAAGCUCACAAGUUAAUAUCAUGACCGAAAAAAUAAAACAAUAUGAAUUUGAAGUUCAAGAACAUAUUAAAAACGAACUUAAACUAACUGAGAAAAUUAAGGAAUUAGAAAUAAAAGUAAAGCAGCUAAAUUCUGAGAAUGAUCAACUGCUAUCUAAUGUAACUGAACUUCAAUCAUCCAUUUCAAGUGCUAUGGACCAACGUGGAUUUGAAAUUGCAGAACUUUGGAAGCAACAUUUGGCACAAAGAGAAUCUGAAUUCUUGAAAAUUGAAGAAGAUCUGAGAACACAACUUAGUGCGUCUGAAAGCAGAUAUGAACAGCUACUUGAUAAUGUCCAAUCCUCCACACAGGAAGAAACCAAUAAAAUAGUUAUGGUAGAACAGGUUACAUCAUUGCAAUCUAAGUUACAAGAAAAAGAGGAACAACUUAAUUCACUGAAAGAAAAAUAUGCAGAUGUGAUUAAUCAGUUAGAAAUGCUGCGAUCAGACAUAGAAGAUGAAAAGGUCUUAAAUGAGGAAAAAUUGCUCACACUACAAGAAGAGCAUGAGAAGAUUAUAAAAGAUUUAAAACUCGAAAACAAAAUGCUUUUGGAGCAGCAAUGUGACAUAAAUAACAAUUUACAAGUAGAAUUAGCUGCUAUAAAAACUGUGAAUGAUGACCUUAAUCAAAAAAUAGAAAAACUGACGAAAGAUUAUGACAUCAAAAUUGUCGAUUUAUCAAAACAAAUUCAAAUUAAAGAAAGUGAGAUUUUCCAUAAGACACAUGAUUAUACGGUUAUGCUUGCUGACAGAAAUGCCGAAUUCGAGAAUGUCCGGAAACAAUUGUUGGAGUACGAGAAGAAAGUUGAAGAGUUGUCAUAUGAAAGAGAAUCUGAAUUGGCUGUUUUACGCCUCAAGAUGCAUGAAAAAACGGAACAUUACGAAUCUUAUGUAAAAGAACUUUUAGAAGAGAAGGAAAAAUUAGCAGAAGCUGUAAACGCAAAGAUUAUAGAAUGUACAACUCUUAAUAAACAGAUUGAAGAGUUGAAUAAAAUAUUAGAAGAGUAUGUAAAUAAAACAGCUGAGACACAAAUGGUUUUGGAGAGCCAAGAAUUGGAAAUAGUAACCCUUAAGGAUGAGAUUGCAAGUAUUCGUGAAUUGACGAGAUCACCGAGUAGUAAAAUCGAAAAACAUGUAGCUUUUGCUCCAGAUACCAAAGAAAGUGCAAAUGAAGGGCGUGAAGGUGUUCUGAAUAAAGAGUUGUUAGAUGGGGUUCCAAGAGCUGAGUUAGAUUUAGCAUUAUACAUGUUACAUCAAAGAGAUGUCCGCUGCGAGGAACUGACGAUGGAACUUACUCAAUUGUUAGAAGAAAGAGAUACAUUACAGCUCCGGCUAUCAGAUAGUUUGCGGUCAUACGAAGACCUAAAAUUGCGAUAUUCUGGCGCAGAUAUUUCUGCAGAUUCAAGUGUAGACACAGUUCCUGAACUGCCGAGCUUCUCGAUAGAAAAAGAGCAUCCCAUUGUUGAUAUCCAUCGUGGUCAAACAUCUCGUAGCAGUAGUAUCAGUGAACCAGAUGGUUCGGAUAAACCAAAGUUGCAAGCUAAGUUGUCUGAGCUACGUAGUGUGAAGCAUAGCCGCGACGUAACCUUGCGUCAGGACAGCGAACAUCGGCAACUGGGCAUGAGGCUACUCCAACGCGACGUUGCCAACCUGCCUGCGGAGGCCGUCGACCAACUGACACAGGCGCACCAUACACUAUCCCGUGACUCUCAAAGCGCACCCACUGUUCUGCUCAAUUGGCUUCGUGGGAAAAGCACACCGAAGGUUGUUCAUAUGUAAAUUGUAAAUUGUUAUUAUUGUUAUCUUGUAAUUAAUUAACGAAAAUAGGUUGUAAAUUGUUAUAUAUCAAAAUUCCUUUUGGUCAUAACAUAGUAUAUUACGCACCUAGGGAGAAAAGAAGCUCAUUCUCACCCGCGGAAUAUUGACAAUCGCGGGUGGCAAUGUCCUACUAUCUCACGUGGUGCGAAUACGAUUUUGUUCCGCCCUGGAUGAAAUGUUUGCUUCUAGUCCCUGGUACUAGCGACAAAAGUCGUCUUGCCGGGACAGAAUCGGCCACUUUUGUCCCUCGUACCAGGGAUUUAGUCCCUUUUUCAUUGAGGUGGGGAAAAAACAUAUUUUCGAGCACGGAAGCACAAUUGCUACGAAUAUUAGUACAUUAUGAGAGCCCUAGUUGUUCUUCAACCAAUGUAAUAUAGAUAUAUCUAGUUAAAUACACGAAUCCACUUAGUAUUAUUCAAUCACUUGCCGACGAAACACGAAAAUCUACACGAAAUAUGUACAUCGCUGUUAUUAAACGCGAAUCGAAACGAAAAAAUAUAUAAAUUGUUUAAUUUCGCUACAAAUUUUUUUUUACGGUGCUUAUUUUUAACACUUAAUUUCCUUCUAUUUGAGCCAUUAUUACUUAUAUUUUAAACGUCUUACUAAUACUUAUCCUUUAACCCUGUCCUAUUCUAUACAUUUAAUCGGCUUACACUUUUUUGCAUUAUUAAACAUUAAAAGAUAUUAAGUAUUUUCAUAUGUGUAAUAAAAGCAAAUAACUUGACACUAGACAGAGGAAUGAUUGUAUGCGGUUAUGAAUAAGAGCGGCGUAACCCUCGUGCCCGCGUCGUCUGCAGUCGUACCGAUUCAUUCCACUGCAGAUCGGUACUCGUGUAACGUUCGUGCACGAAAUCACCAACAACAACAACUAUGUUACUUAGUGAAUUUUAAUAUUAAAUUAGUACUUUUUUUUACUUUAAAUAUGAUUUACGACAUUUGCUGAAAAUGUCUCUGUAUAGAGAGUUUUUGUGACAUAUUUAAUGUUUUUAUUGACUAGAUACCACUGUAACGUUGUACAAGGUGAUACAUAAUAUUUCUUUCUCUCUCUAUCUCUGGCCCAUUGCAAACAAGAUCAACUUUUCUGUAUCUCUACUCUUUUAUAGCAGGAAAAUCUAGAACGUUCAUACAUAUUGUUGUCUAUAUAUAUAUUUAAAAUGGCCGACUUUCAAGUAAACAUUACGAAUAAAAAUAGUUUUGACACCAUUUUUUCUUUGUUGUAUUUACUUUAUACUUACUUGCCUUGAACUCUCAAAGCUACUAUACUCCGUGUGUACGACUGUGUGCAUUAAAAUAACCUAAAAACCAUAGAUAACUAGUGGAUUGCUGAAAAAAAGGUGAUAAUACACUGUUAUCGGAAUGACUGUACUUAACUAUGUCCCGUCCGAAUAAAAAUACGAAAACUUUCCGAAUCGACUGAAUAAUUGUGUCUUUAUAUAUAGAUUUCGGCAAAUAAAUAAAUAUUUUGUGAAAUAGUCAUGAUAGAAAUCAAUGCACGUAAAUAAAAUAUUUUAGUGUAUAAUAAAAAAAAUAUUCACUUCUUGAAGGUCGCGUAAAGUUUUACCCGUGCUUUUUGCUAAACAGGUGAGAAUUGCCUCAAUUGCUUUCUCAAUAAGAAGAAGUAACUAAGAUGGCAGUAAAAGUAUGAAUGUUAAAUUAAUUAUGUUCAAAGUUCAUUAUGGCCAGAAGAUUGUAGUUAAAAAUUGGUGCCUUUACAAUUGAUUGCAUUAGUAUGUAUAAAAUAAUAUAAAUAUAAUAAAUUAAUUAGUUGUAUGAUAAAUAUAUGUAUGAUGAAAUGGGCUUCAUGUAUAUAAUUAGGUUAAUUAAUCAAAGUGAUUGUGUAAGCAUUUGUAUAUUAUAAUGUAUUGUUUAUUAAUAAAAGUUAUUUCAUGA